AUGUCGGACCGCCCUACCUUCAGCUUGAGGCAGAGCUUGGCGCUCACGGCUGUCGUUGCGUCUCUCGCAACAACCAGCGUUAUCCUCACGUACCAGUCCCUGCGGCGGGACUACCGCACCGAGCGGCUCAAGGAGCAGGUUGGGCGGGAUGUCGCUGAGUGGGAAGCCAAGGAGUCUGAGAAUCCAAGCGCACCCGAGACGCCAUUUGACAAACCCGAGUGGAAGUGGGAGGGCGAGUACGAUGAGUCGUUAAUCCGCGAACAACUCACGCGCAACUACUCGUUCCUAGGCGACGAUUCCAUGCGCGCCAUUCGCAACUCGUACGUCGUGGUGGUCGGGUGUGGUGGUGUGGGAUCGUGGGCAGCCACCAUGCUCCUCCGUUCUGGCGUUGGCAAGAUCUUGCUCAUCGACUAUGACCUGGCCACAUUGAGCUCGCUUAACCGACACGCAUGUGCGACGUUGGAAGAUGUCGGCACGCCAAAGGUCGUGGCGAUGCAGAAAUUCUUUAAGAAGAUUGCGCCGUGGGCACAGGUCGACAUCAAGAUUGGGCUGUGGCGAAAGGACGAGUCGGAGAGUUGGCUCGAGGGCGCUGAUUACGUGUUUGAUGCCAUCGACAAUAUCGAUACCAAGGUCGACUUGCUUGCGCAUUGCCGCAAGAAUGGAAUCAAGGUGUUUGCCAGUAUGGGUGCUGGAGCCAAGUGUGACCCGACAAGGGUUCAGAUUGCCGAUAUCUCAAACACGUACGAGGACCCGCUGGCGCGCAGUGUUCGUCGGCGACUGAGGUUGAACGGUGUGCACGGCGGUAUUCCGACGGUAUACUCGACCGAAGUUCCGGGACAAGUCAAGCUCCUCCCUCUUCCGGAGGAAGAGUUCCAGAAAGGCGCCGUCAAGGAACUGGGAGCAUUUGAUGAUUUCCGCGUCCGCAUUCUUCCCGUUCUCGGACCUCUGCCCGCCCUCUUCGGUCUCCAUGCCGCCACGUACAUUAUCAUGGAUCUGGCAGGCAAGCCGCUCGAGGCGGCCGAGAUCAAGAACCGGCGCAAACUGUACACGACACUCGAGCGUAACAUGUCGGAACGGCAGGCGCGCGUCCAGCAUGCCAAGGGGGAGAAUGUACAGGGUCUCCAGAGGACGCUGGAGGUGAAUGCCGACGAUAUGGCGCUCGUGUUCGAGGACGUUAAUCGCGGUCGGACCACUAUCCCACACCAGAUUAUUACGCAGCGGCCACAGGCCGUUCAUUGGGAUGUUGGCAAGCCCCUCACAGCGGAUAACAUGGCUAUCCUUACCGACAAGGACGCCAAGAAGCAUGAGAAGGAGGUCCAGAUUGAGGGCAAGAACCCCGCGGACGUUUGGGGUGCCGACGCGGCGGCGCUCGUCGCGCGCAGGAACGCAGAGGUGCGCUCGUGUCUCGCGUACCGGCGCGGAUAG